UUGCUCAACGCUGUGACACGGUCGGUCAUUGCCACACACGGAAAUAAUUAAAUAUUACAACUAAAAUUCAAAUAACGUGUACGUGUGUAACAAAUAAAAAAGAAAUUUCGUCAUAAUAAAAUAUUUUAUCAGUCAGUGAAGUGGAAUUGUGUUGAAAAAGUGUUCAAAAUAACUUUUUGUUUGGUGUUUUAAACAGUGAAGUGUUUCAAGAUGAGUAAUUUUACCAAGUUUAUCAAAACUACGCCGAUCACCGAUGACUACGAGAUCUCAAACACAGUACUCGGCCUUGGAAUCAACGGAAAGGUAGUGGAAUGCAAAGAGAAGUCGACAGGAGCUAAGCGUGCGCUGAAGGUGUUACAUGACAACACAAAGGCCAGGCGCGAGGUGGAGCUGCAUUGGAGAGCUCGGGGCUGUAUUCAUAUUGUACAGGUUAUAGACGUGUACGAGAAUUCAUAUGGAGGCCGUGGCUGUCUCCUGGUGGUCAUGGAAUGUAUGGAUGGAGGGGAACUCUUCCAGAGAAUACAGGAUAACAGAGAAGGAGCGUUCACUGAACGACAGGCUGCUGAGAUAAUGCACUCAAUUUGCGUAGCAGUACGUCAUCUCCACGACUCAAACAUUGCUCACCGGGACAUCAAACCAGAGAACUUGCUGUACUCCAGCACCCAACCCAAUGCUGUACUUAAACUCACCGACUUUGGUUUCGCUAAAGAGACCUUGACUCCUGCUGAUACCCUGCAGACGCCGUGCUAUACUCCUUACUAUGUCGCUCCUGAGGUCCUAGGCCCAGAAAAAUACGACAAGUCCUGCGACAUCUGGUCUCUUGGAGUGGUGAUGUAUAUUCUUCUAUGUGGCUUCCCGCCGUUCUACUCCAACCAUGGACUUGCUAUAUCUCCAGGGAUGAAAAAGCGUAUCAGACUAGGGCAGUAUGACUUCCCGGAGCCGGAGUGGUCGAACGUGUCUGCUGAGGCUAAGAAUCUCAUCCGAGGGAUGCUCUCUGUCGACCCCGCUAAACGAUUGACUAUUCAACAAGUAAUGUCAAGCCCCUGGAUCCGUCAGUUCACUCAAGUCCCACAAACGCCUCUCUACACCCACACCUUACUUCGCGAGAGUGGAGAGGUCUGGGCAGAUGUCCAGGAUGAGAUGACUCGCUCCCUCGCCACCAUGCGCGUGGAUUACGAUCAGGUGACGGUACAAAUCAAAGCGUUGGAACAAAGCAAUAAUUCGCUACUGAACAAGCGGAGAAACAAAGUGGGCGCCUGAUGCUCCUGCCGACACCGUACCGAUACGCGGCGUGAAUAUAUCAAAUGAACACUAGUGAAUUAUCCAAACUAUUUCAUCGUAAAAGUGAUAUGUUAAAAAAUAUGUGUGUAUUUCUUCUUCGCACCUAAUUGUAGGACAGCGCCAUCUAGCUUGUGAAAGUGGAACUCUUUUUCGGUGUAGUAUUUUCGCACUUUGUUUUUUUUUAUUCUUCUUUUUUCGGUUGUAAAAAUGUAGAAUAGAGUUAGAAACGUAUGUUUUUAUGUCCGUAAGAAGCGCGUGAUUACAGUAUUUCGGUGUUUUCGUGGUUACUACUACUGUAGAUUAUGGUUCACAGAAGUUGAUGCGAUUUGGUAUAAUUAUAUAAGCGGACUUAUCCCCAGAUGUGUUUUUUAUAACAUGUCCCGACACUAGGAUUUUCUCCAGUGUCGUGGGUGCGUUUACAAACAUACAAGUUCACAUACACAUGACACCCAGACCCGGAACAACAAUCUGUGGAUCACACAGAUAUAAUUUUUAAUUCUUGUUUUUAACAAAUUUUGACUUUUGUAAUACACCCCUGUCUAGGGACACCCUAAGGACAAGGCGUUAUGUUUACUAGGGACACCCUAAGGACAAGGCGUUAUGUUUACUAGGGACUCCCUAAGGACAAGGCUUUAUAUUUGCUAGGGACUUCCUAAAGGUUAUUUUUAGUUUGACAUCACAAAUAUUUUAUUUUUAGUUUUAAAAGCUAAAAGUAGGUGUUUACAUUGUAAACAAAGUGUAAACUGUACGCUCCUGAAAACGCCGAAGAACUAGUUUUAUUUUCAUAUAAAAGUAAAGAAUUAUCUUAUGCCAGCUUCGCCCGCGACUGCGUACGCGAAAUCACGUUUUUUCGGGAUAUACAUACGUAGGUUGGUUUUAACACGGAGUCUGGAAUUGUGCCCGGUAUAUGGCAAUAGGCUCACCCCCUAUUACAUGGGACUCAUAACAUAAAUA